AUGCCUCACGCGGAAAACGGAACAAUGGGUGAGAACUCGGUUAAUGGAGAGAAAGUUCAUUCCCACUUCAUCGAUCACUUGACAUCCUAUCCGGUGGUUGCAGAUUCAAUCACCGUCUUCAAAACAAAUAAGUAUGGCGCAAAGACGCUAGAGUAUGCCGAUCAAGGGUACAGCCGUCUGGCCAAGCCACUUCUUCCGUACUUCUCCAGGCCCUACGUCUAUAUUGCCCCCUACGUUGCUCGCGUGGACUCGCUCGGCGACCAGGGCUUGACCAAAGUCGACGAAACCUUCCCCAUCGUUCGGGAGGACACCGACAAGCUGAAGGAAUCCCUCCGAGACGGAGCCACCUUCCCAUUGCGCUUCGCCGGUGACAUGAAGGCCCAUGUGGUCGACACACUGAACUCGGAGUACAAGAAAUGUGGGGGCGAUGGUGUCGUCGCUGGCAGCAAGGCCAUCAUCAGCACCACUCUGGUGCUGUCGCAAGAGUCAUUGGCCUACGUCAGCUCCCUGCUGCAGGCGAAGAAAACGCAGGUCAAGGAAGCUGUCCCAGAAAACGAGUCAAGCGAGGAGGCAGACGGUACCCCGCCUCCCACACAGAAUGCGCCCCGCCGCCGGAGACGCGACGACUCUUCCUCAUCCGAAGGCUACGCGGACGAGGGGUACGACAUCCGGGCCCCGACGAGCACCGACGUGAUGGUCAAAAAGCUCGUGCGACUGGCGCUGGCCAGUGAGUACUCCCGACAACCGCUCCGCCGCACCGAUAUCAGUGCCAAGGUUCUGGGGGAGCAAGGGGCACGACAGUUCCGGACCGUGUUCGACGAAGCGCAGCGGGUUCUGGGCGAGAAGUUCGGAAUGCAGAUGACCGAGUUGCCGGUGAGGGAGAAGGUGACCGUUCACCAACGGCGAGCUGCUCAGAAGGUCGAAAAAGCGUCCUCGGGGAAUAAGAACUGGAUACUCACCAGUCUCCUGCCUCCAGAAUAUCGCAGGCCGGCAAUCUUGCGCCCGAGCAAGGCUCCUUUGGAAAGUACCUACACUGGGCUGUAUUCGUUCAUCAUUGCUGUGAUCCUGCUGAAUGGGGGCACGAUCCAAGAGCAGAAGCUGGAUAGGUAUCUCCAGCGGACGAAUACCAAUACCUACACGCCUGUUGAUCGCACAGACCGGUUCCUUCAGCGACUCUGCAAAGAAGGAUACCUGGUGCGUAACCGCGAUGUCGAUGGUGGGGAGGAAGUCAUCGAGUACAUUCUGGGCCCGCGUGGAAAGGUCGAGGUGGGAGCUCAGGGUGUGGCUGGACUGGUUCGCGAGGUCUACGGCCAGCAGGAUGCAGUUGAACCCGACGAGGAGUUGGAAAUCCGUCUGGCGCGGAGCCUCGGGCUCCAGGCGCCUCAAGGCCGCGCGCAAGAGAGACCGGCCGAGAACACCCCUGCCAACGAGGAAGAGGAGGGUGCUUCCUGCUACUACGUAUAUCCGACUCGGAAGGCGGGAUGA